AUGUACGUGAGCUACCUGCAGCUGGACAAGGACCCCCCCAUGUACCAGCAAAACCCCGUCGGCAGCAGACACCCGGGCCUCGGCCUCAGCCCGCAGAAUUUCCAGAUGGGUGGGCCGGCCCAGUACACGGACUACGCCAGCUACCAUUCGCACCACGCGCACGGCCUCGGCGCGGACGCCCAUCAGGGCGCGGGCGGCGGCGGCGGCGGAGGCGGAGGUGGCGGCGGCGGCGGCUGGAGCCCGGUUUACCCUCCGCCGCCGCCGCCGCCGCCGCCUCCCCAUCCUCACCCGACUCAGCCCGCCCGAGACGACUGGGCCGCGCACCACUACGCCGCGGCCGCCGCUCACGCCGCCGCCGCCGCCGCGGCAGCAGCCGCCGCCGGGUCUCCGGGCUGCUCCGGUUUCGGGCCUUCUCCUACGGAGUUCGGCCAGGCGCCGCCGCUUCUGGCCGCCCCGCUCAACGCGGCCGCCGGGCAAGGCUCGGCCGGCUCCCCGCAAAGAAGGAGCGCCUACGACUGGAUUCGACGCGCGUCCACGCCGCUCGCCAAUCCCAAUGGGAAGACACGCACAAAGGACAAGUACCGGGUGGUUUACACGGACCACCAGCGUCUAGAACUGGAGAAGGAGUUCCACUACAGCAAGUAUAUCACCAUCCGCAGAAAGGCAGAGCUGGCCGGGGCCCUCAGCCUAUCGGAGCGCCAGGUGAAGAUCUGGUUCCAGAACCGGCGCGCAAAAGAACGCAAGAUCAGCAAGAAGAAACAACAGCAGCCCGCCUCGUCCUCGUCCGGCAGCGUCCCCAUGGUGACCAGCAGCAGCGGCGGCGGUGGCCUGGUCUCGCCUUCCUCGAUGCCCGUCAGCAUCAAGGAGGAGUUUUGA